CUCACGCGUCACCAUCCAAGACAAACAGGCAGAAAGCACCACAACCCUCCACAGCGAGAGCAAACGCCGCCAGACCGCUCAAACCAAACAAUCCACAACAAACAAGAAAAAGCAGAAAACCAGGGCAGGAGGCCACCCGCGGUCUCAACCUUCAAAAUGCGCACAGCAACGCCUCUCACAGCAAGCAACCUCUCCCUCCCCCCGGACUCGUACAUCUACGCGCUCAGCCCCGCAGGCAGCAGCGCGCUCGCGGCCCUCUCGUCCGACGACUCGGUGCGCUGGUUCGAUCCUGCGUCGCUGCAGCUGCUGCCAGACGGCGUGGUCAAGAAUGCGCAUCGCAGCGUCACGUGCCUCAAGGCAUGGGACGAGCAUGUGUUGGCUACGGCAGGAAGAGACGGGGCUGUCAGGCUGUGGGAUCGGAGGACGGAGGGAGCAGUUGGCGGAGUCAGUGUCCCCAAAAACCUCCCCCUCUCAGCCCUGACAACCCACGCCCCAACGCACCGCCUAAUAGCCGGGACCGAGUACCCCAACAACCCGCCGGGCGACGCGCCCAUCUUCAUCUACGACACGCGGCAGCUAACCUCUAACCCCACACCCGCGCUCACCCCGCUCCUCACCCUCCCCGAAUCCCACACCGACACCAUCACCGAGCUGACCCUGCACCCCUCCCGCCCUAGCACCCUGCUCUCGGGCAGCACGGACGGGCUGGCCUGCGUCUUCGACAUCUCGCAGCCGGACGAGGACGAGGCCCUGCGUCGCGUGCUCAACCAUGCCGGCGCGGUGCAUCGCGCGGCCUGGGUCGGCGAGCGCGACGUCGGCGUUUUCAGCACGGACGAGGCGCUGGCGUUCUACGAAGCGUUGGACGAAGAGGGCGUGGAAGGGAAGAGCGGGCAGGAGGGGGAGGAGGACGGGCCCAAGCCGGUCCGGAUCGGCGAUGUGCGCGAGCUGUUGGGGUGCGAGUAUGUAGUGGGCGUGGGUGCGAAAGAGGGGGUCAGAGUCGUUGCGGCGGGGAACCAUAGCAACCAGCACCUCGAUCUCCUCCCCCUCCAUCCCCCCACCCAGGGCGCUACGCCCCUCGCCUACGCCUGCUCGCAGGCCGACUGCCUCCGCCUCCCGGGCGCGCACGGCGAGGAAAUCGUCCGCGACUUCUACUUUGCGCCGAACUCGACAACACUCUACACCUGCGGCGAAGACGGGCACGUGCGCGCCUGGAGCGGCGCCGGCGCCGACGACGUCUUCGGCACCAUUGGGCACAGAGACGCGGACGAGGACAUGCGCGACGAUGGCGAGGAAGACGGCGGUGCUAAGAAGGCGAAGAAGGAGAAGAGUGCCAAGGGCAAGGGGCGCGAGAAGCGCAAGGAGCGGAAGGAGAAGAAGAAGGACCGUUUUGCGCCGUAUUAGCUGGGGAAAGGUGGGGAAGGGAGGGGUGUAAAUAGAGUUGAGAGAUGGGGUUGCGUUGAUAGUUUUUGUUCAGUGAACGAAUGGACUUUCUGUCCGGUUGCUCAAUAUCGCAGACAUACAGGACCUC